CGACUGUGAUAUAUCUGACAAAACAUAUGCGGAGAAAGCCUCUGAUGGAAGGGAAAAAGUCGAGACUCCAUGCUGUCUUGCCAGGCUGUGGAACCACUCCGAUCGAACCCUUUUUUCAGAAGGCUGGCCAGAAACGAAGGAUAAACCCCGGGAGAGCUAUUCCUAACAUCGUAAGUGCAGACGCUCGGACCAUGUAUAGACUUAGGGAGGUAGUCGUUUCGUAGCUUCAUUUUCUUUGUCUUGAAUAACAACGACAACGCGAAGACGAUCGCAACGACCCUUUCCACGAAAUCAACGUCGCCAGGUGAUUUGUGAAUGUUGGGAGCUGAUGAUGUCUAACAAGCCAAAGAAUACCCCGGCUUACGGCUACCGCCGAGUUGGGACUAGGGCAGAACAUCGCGAAUCUACCCCGUUGGUUGUGUCACCUGAUCACCUCGAAAUUCACCUAAACCAAAACCUCGAGAACCACCUAAAAAACAAACUCGAAAACCCAAUCGAGCAAUUCAGUCACCGCGACCUUCCACCCCCCUACCAUCCUCGUACGGAGAUUGCCACAAUGGACCCUACAGAGAUUCCCGCAAAGGACAACCAUGCAGAGAUUGCCACAAUGGACAACACAGAGAUUCCCGCAAAGGACAACCGUACAAAGAAUCCUGCAAAGGGCAACGACCUGGAGCGAGGAAUUCUCACCGAGCGAAGCCCGCUACUUAGUAUUGCACCACUGUCACUUAGUCUUACUGCGCCACUCUCCAUCACCACCUCCGGCGUGCGGGUCCACAUCAACCGCUCCUGCACAUUCCUCUUAUUCCUCCUCGCAAUCCUGGUAGGAGUUGCGUUUCUUGCUAUCGCGGCCUGCUAUGUCUGGAAGACGAUUCGAGGAGGUGUCUAGAAUCUUCGAUUACACACGACCUUCGCAACGUCUUUCCGUAGAGCCGCGUUAACUGAUCUUGGGGAGUUUUUUGCACGGAGAACUGGCGUUGGGGGAGCGAAAAUUUGGAUUGGGAGGCGUUGAGAUUCCAAUCAAAGCGAAGCUUUUCUGACCAUCAACUUGACCUAUUCACCCUUCGCGU